AACAUUGUCCCUCUCGGUGCUCCGUAGUCCUUCCUCCUCCUCUCCGCCUGCCUGUUUAGUGACUAAAGAUGGCGGAAGCUCCUCCAUGGCCCAGCCGGUUCUUCUGUCACAGGUGCUCCGCAGAGAUUAGUCCUCGGCUUCCCGAGUAUACAUGUCCAAGAUGUGAGUCAGGGUUCAUCGAGGAGCUGCUGGAAGAGAGGAGUACUGACAAUGGCUCCAUGUCUACCAUCUCCAGUGGACCUCAGAACCAACAACCGUUUGAGAAUGCAGACCAGCACUUGUUUACAUUCCCUUCUGGCUAUGGUCAGUUUGCCCUGGGUGUCUUUGAUGACAGCUUCGACUUCGGGGCUGGACUGGGAACAGAGGACAACCGGGAGGCAGAGAAUCGUCGGGAAAGGGAAACGGCAGCACGGCGAUAUGGUGCCAGGCAACCGAGAAGUCGUCAUGGUUCAAGGCGGCAAGCAGGGCGGCAUGAGGGAGUUCCAACUUUAGAGGGAAUAAUUCAGCAGCUAGUGAAUGGAAUAAUUGCACCUACAGCAAUGCCAAAUAUUGGUGUUGGACCCUGGGGUGUUCUUCACUCAAAUCCUAUGGACUAUGCUUGGGGCGCUAAUGGAUUAGAUACUAUUAUAACACAGUUAUUAAACCAGUUUGAGAACACGGGACCGCCGCCUGCUGAUAGGGAUAAAAUAAAAAGUCUUCCUACAGUACAAAUUACAGAUGAACAUGUUGCUUCGGGACUGGAAUGUCCAGUGUGUAAAGAAGAUUACAGCGUGGGGGAAAAUGUGAGGCAGCUUCCAUGCAAUCACAUGUUCCACAAUGAUUGCAUAGUCCCAUGGCUGGAGCAGCAUGACACUUGUCCAGUGUGCAGGAAGAGCUUGAGUGGACAGAACACAGCAACAAACCCUCCGGAACUAUCAGGGAUGAACUUUACCUCCUCUUCUUCCUCCUCUUCAUCGUCUUCAUCCUCCUCUACCCCCCAGUCCUCAAGUUCGACCAGCAAUGAGAACUCCACUGAUAACUCUUAGUAAGGACGACUGUCCUUCUCACCCUACGAGCUGAUUAUAGCUCCUAGGCUGCUGUACCUCAGAGCAGUGACCUCCAUUCUCUCCCUGCAGAAGGGCAGAGAGCUGAGUGCAUCUCGCCAGGAGCACUCACGCCUGAUUCAGGGGUAAGUGAUACAUGAGGUUCAUGUAUUUGCUCCCACCUUCAUCAGGAAUCUGAACAAAGGACGGAGGCCUGGGGUGUAGCUUCUGUCAGGGAGGAUGUGGAGAAGCAUUGAAAGUUCAAGAGGCUCGAUCUGCUUGAAUCACUUCAUACAAGAAGAGAAAAUAACGGAAUCCAAAGGUAGAAGAUCGUGAACAACAAGACAGUUGCUGUUCUUUUUAUUAAUCUCUAGACUUGUAUGGUUUAAGAUGACACACUUCUGCCAAUGAAGCAAAAAGAAAUGUACAGUUAUUCCUUUUUUUAUAAGUAGUGUUCAUAUCUCACAGAUAAGAUGACGCAAAGUGCACUGUUGUGUGCUGGUGAAGUGUGCACUGAAGUUUCUUCAUAUUGUGGAAGAAUACUACCUUUGAUCCCUUUAACUCUCCAGAUGAACUGACAAUACUUCAUUUAAUUAUUUUAUUGUCGGCCUCCACUUGCGUUUUAAGAUUACCUGACACCACACAGGUAAAACCGUUGGCACUUGAAAUGAUGCGCAUAGUUGCAGUAACUUUUGUGUUUGAAUAGUAAUGUUGAUAAUGAAAUUACAUACAUCAAGAUUGAGUUACAUUUUAUCUGCAAGCCUAAAAUGUGGAUCGACUUUACACACAAUACACUCGGAAACAUUUCAAUGCAGUUGUGCUUUUUAACUUCAAGAUAUCGUAAAUAUUUUGCCAGUUGAAAGCCUUGAUUUGCAGUAUGAACAUGUACAAAAGGAAUGAACUGAUAUGAAAAUAAAGAUAUUUGGGUGCUACCACUCAUUUCAUGCAAGUCA